UCCUACCGCUCUUAAGACCAGACUCAUCGAGGCCUUGGCAAGAGUGGAAAGUCUGGAGCGAGAGAAGAAGAAUGCCAUGGCCAGAGAAAAGAGGGCAAAGACCACAGUGAAGAGUCUUUUGGGGGGGAUUUGAGGGAAAAAAAAACCUCCAUUAAUGAAGAGCUCCAAGAGAAGCUUGAAUUCUACUCCGAUAGACCUUAUGGCAAAGCAGGGCCAUGAGUACACAAAGGACUACAGAGAGUUUGUGCUCACGCUCCAUCUACAUGGUCCAAAGGCAUGCAAAUACCUCAGAGAGACUAAACAUGUUCCCCUGCCACAUCCACAUACAUUACUAAGGUGGCUGCGUUCGGUGGAUGCCAAGCCUACAUCCAACAAGAUGAUGGUGGAUAUGCUGGAGAGAAGAUGCCAGAAAACACAAAGGGUCCUUCUCAGUCAUGCUUUGGAGGAGUUCCAUGCACGGGGCAUUUGGGUGGCAUGUGUUACAGUGGAUGGGCAUGCCUCCAAUGUCAGCAUGUGCAACCAACUCGGGUGUGAGCUGAAGGCAGACCCACGAGAGCCGCUUCAAACCAGUUUCUCGCAUCCGGUGACUGGCGAGAAAGUAUUUGUAAUGAUGGCCGCUUGCCACAUGCUCAAGUUGGCACGUAAUAUGUUGCAGUUAAGGCUGGACAUGAUGAUCCCAUUCCUAAAAACAUGGAUGCUAACUAAUUAUCUAUCCGCCCUGGUAGCUGUUUACCAUUUUCAUUCUGUCAUCAAUAUUGACACGUUGAUGCUGAUGAUUCCUGAACUGCUUCAAGUUCAGCGGUAUGUGCUCACCUACAGGUUCAGCCAGGAUCACUUGGAGCUCCUAUUUAAUUCAAUCAGAGCGUCAGGCGGCUGGAAUAACCAUCCAUCGGCACGCCAGUUCCAGGCCAUCUUCCACCGUCUGAUGGUUCGGUUUGGUGUCUCACCUGGUAAGACGGGCCAUGUGGCAGCCCAAGAUAACACGGAGUCCCUGUCUGCUGUGGAGAUGUUCUCUCCUGAAACUGCUGAAGAGCACCCAUCUCCUUUCGCCAACAUUUCGGGCCUUGUGUGUGACCACAGUUAUCUCCCCACUCGGUUUGGUGGUCUGGUGGAAAAUGCUCUGGUCUACAUAGCAGGGGUUGUAGUCCGGGAGGAGAUUGGAACGGAGGAUGUUUUUUCUGCUUGGGGAACACAUUGAGGAGACCCAGUUUGGCAUCGACAACCAUCAUUCAGACUUCUUGUCAUUGGUUGUGUCUGUGUUUCUUAAAAUAAGGCUGCACCACAUUGCCAAACUCACCUCUCUUGAACUGCAGAAAGGGAGCACGAGAAAGAAGCUGGGAUUUGAUUGAGGUUUUGAACAGAUAAAGUUCCACGACAACUCAAGACUUUAAUCCUAAAUUCUGGCAUCCCAGAACAAAUUCUAAGCUUUAUAUCUGUACUAGAGAUGCACCGAUUAGAACUUUCUAUGCCGAUUCCAAUUUACGAUUUUCUUUGAGUUAGGCCAGCUGAUACCGAUUUUAGCCGAUUCCGUUUUAAUUUUUUCUAAACACUUUACAGCACACACAAAUAUUUAUU